AUGGACAAUACGAACUCUAACCCGGGCAGUACCCGAAAGUUAGGGGGUCGUCGGCGAGUAUCGAGCGAAUCGAUCUCUCAAUUUGCUCACAGAACAGAAAUCACUCGCAGAAUGUCCCAAAUCGCUCGAUACUUCACGCGUUACAGUGCAAAAGAAUGGCAGAAUUACUUCCUCUCGACGCACUUUUGGGGCCCUGUUGCCAAUUGGGGUUUACCGUUGGCUGCUAUUGCUGAUUUAAAAAAAAAUCCCGAUAUGAUCUCGCCUAACAUGACUUCAGCUCUGGUUAUUUACUCUUCGGUCUUCAUGAGAUUUGCUUGGCAUGUGCAGCCACGAAAUUUACUACUUUUCGCUUGUCAUUUUACAAACUUCAGUGCACAAAGUGGACAGAUGCUCCGCUAUCUUAAUCACAACUAUCUACACGUGAUCGAGGAUCCAGCCCUUAAGAAGCAAGCUCAA